AUGGCUCUUGAAAUGGAUCUCGAUCAGCCCUUUACACUGCCUGAUGAAGGUGCUGGCAAUCCUACCGAGCUAGCCAUCCCCCCUACAAAUACAGCCCCUACUGAAGCCUCAGCUUCUCAGGAUGGCACGACCUCGUCACGUCGUCUUCGCCCAAGGAAGGCAAAAACACCCGCAACCCCCAACAUCACCGCUUCUACUCAAUCAACUGCACCCCGCCGUCCUCGUGCUAAGAGCACAACAUCUAAAAAACCAAGCCGAGCAGCAUCAAAGAAGAAGGCUGCUCGAAGGGAGACUGCCCUGGCUACUACCUAA